AUGCUCCAAUUAAUCCCUAUUGCUCUUUUCGCCUUAUCCGGUUUCUCUGCUGUCGCCAAUGCUGCACCCACUCCCAACGCUCUUAUGAGCGCUUCACCUAUGGCCGAAGCUCCUGUCGGUAUUGUCAGUACUCCUGCUGCUGCCAACUGGAAGCGUCAUCACCAACAAGCUGCUGAGUCUCAUAUCUUUACUGAGGCCUUCAUCAAGUCUGCCGUUGCUGAAGCCAUGGCCAAGCAAAACUCAGUCUUAGUCAAGAGAGAAGACGCUGCCCCUGGUAUUGACUUGGGAGGUAUCUUCAGAGGUGUCUUUGAUAAGAUUGUAGACCAUAUCAUUGAGGUCACUCCAUUGAAUGACAUUGUUCAUGGUAAUUACGAUUUCUUGUACGAUAUCUUCUUGGCCAAGAUUGGCGAAGCUGUUUCUGGUGCCGGUGCUCCUGCCGAAGAAACUCCCACUGUGGAUGCCCUUGAUGCUCCUGCUGCUAAUUCCACCACUGUAGCUGAUAUCACGGCCGCUACCAAGGAAACCAAAGACACCAAGCCUGCCAAGGAUACGAGCGCUGAAGAUGCCGAAGAAGACAACGACGAUGAGGAUGAUGAAGAAGAGGAUGAUGAAGAGGACAACGAUGAUGAUGACGAAGAAGAUGAUGAUGAAGAUGAUGAAGAGGAUAAUGAAGAUGAUGAUGAUGAGGAAGACGAUGAGGACUGGGAGGACGAUGAUGAAAAGAGCUGGAACGAAGAUGACGAUGAAGAGUAA